CGGCGCGCUCAUUAUCUCAUCUCCCUCACAUAUAAAACCGAUCCCCCUUUUCCUUCUCCCACUUUCUGCAACUCUUCUAUAUUCAACCUUGCAGCAACAAAAAAAAAAAACAUUUUUAUUUAUUUAUUUAUUUAAAUAAAUAAACAAAACCACUAACCGCCGUCACUAUGGGUAGCAACACUGUACCAUCCUUCACCACCAUCUCCGACUCCAACAACAACAACAGCGCUUCUUUCAAGCGCACUAGAGGCUAUGUUGUUUUCCGUCUCCUCUGCCACGCGUCACGUAUCGGAGCAUUCAUCGGAAAAGCUGGUACCGUUAUCAAAUCGUUGCAACGACUCAUCGACUGUAAGAUCCGAAUUGAUGAAGCUCCGCUUGAUUGUCCUGAAAGAGUUAUCGUCGUCAUCGUUAAACUCGACGGUGAAGUUGAUGGAGAUUUAACUAAGCCACAGGAGGCUUUGCUUAAGGUUUUUGAGAGGAUUCUUGAUGUUGCUGCUGAGAGUGAAGGAAGUUCUGAUUUUGGUGAUAGAGUAGUUUCUUGUAGAUUGUUGGUUAAUGCUGGUCAGGCUGGUUCUGUUAUUGGAAAAGGUGGGAAGGUUGUUGAGAAGAUUAGGAUUGAUACCGGAUGUCGAAUUAGGGUUUUGAAUGAGAAGUUGCCGGCUUGCACUAAUCCUUCUGAUGAAAUCAUUGAGAUACAAGGCAUUGCAUCAUCAGUGAAGAAGGCCCUUGUUGCUGUCGCUGGUCGGCUUCAAGAUUGCCCUCCACUUGACAAAACAAAUAUGAUGGAACACAGACCUAAUGAAGUAUUUCAAUCUAAAACUUCUGCUAUUCAACAUGAGGCUGCAUUGUAUACUUCAUCCAUCAGAUCUAAUGGCAAUGCCUCAGCUCUAGACCCGGAAACACUUCAGCAAGAAGUUACCUUCCGGAUUCUUGUUUCCGGUGAGAGAAUUGGUGCGGUAAUUGGCAGAGGAGGCUGUAUUGUUAAAGCUCUUCAGAAUGAAACUGGGGCUACUAUUUGCAUUGGUCCUCCAGUAGUUGAGUGUGAGGAUCGGCUAAUUACUAUCACUGCUUUAGAGAAUCAUGAAUCAAGAUCUUCUCCAGCACAGACGGCUGUUGUGCUUGUUUUCUGCAAGUCUGUUGAGGGUUUUGCUGGGAAGGUGCAAGACUCAUACAAGGAGUCACCUGUCACUGCACAACUUGUAGUGCCAUCCAACCAAGUGGGUGUUUUGUUGGGGAAAGGAGGAGCAAUAGUCUCAGAAAUGCGUAAGGCUACCUGGACUAGCAUCCGAAUAACUGGGAAUGGUCAAGUUCCAAAGUGUGCAUCACAUAAUGAUCAAGUGGUACAGAUAUCAGGUGACUUUCCAAAUGUUAAAGAUGCAUUAUAUAAUGCUACUAGUAGACUGCGAGAUCAUCUUUUUGGCAUAACGCAAAACAGUGGUGGAACUGGUCCCAAUGGGAGACUGAGGGACUAUGUUACUCCUGAUCAUGCGCAAAACAGUGGUGGAACUGGUCCCAAUGGGAGACUGGGAGACUAUGUUACUCCUGAUCAUGGUCGUAAUAUCCAUUCUUUAUCUCAAAGCAUAGAUCAUCUCACACUGUCUCAAAAUUCAGAUAGUUCUUCUUCGCCAGGGGUAUGGGCACCAAAGGCGGUGGGUGGGAUAAAUUCCAAAUGCCUCAAUGAUGUUAGCAGGAGAUUGACUCCUCAUAAAGGUGGCUUAGAACUUGCCAGUGGGAGCAAAAAUGUCAUUGUAACUAAUACUACCGUGGAAAUUAUGGUUCCCAAUGACGUUAUUGGCUCUGUAUAUGGGCAAAAUGGUAGCAAUCUGGAUCAACUAAGACAGAUAUCAGGUGCCAAGGUUACCGUUCGUGAACCUCGUCCUGGAACAAGUAACAGGACAACUAUUAUCUUAUCGGGCACACCUGAUGAAACUCAAGCAGCUCAGAGCCUUCUCCAAGCAUAUAUUCUCAAUGGAUCAUCAUGACAAUAUCCCUUCUCGGAUGUCCUAUAAAUUUUCAACAGUUUUAAACUUCGCAAUUUAGUUUUACCCGGUUUUGCGGUAUAUUUUUAGACCCGUUUUUGCGGUAUUUUUUGACCUCGCCGGAUAGCAUGUACAGCCUUUUAAGUAUACUACGCCAGUAAUCUUUUGAUAAA